ACCGAGCGUGAAAGGAGCGAGCGAGAGAGUUUAGGAGGAAAAAGGGAAAAGGGGGGGGGAAGGGAGGAAAACAACAACAAAACCCCCCAAAACCAAAACAAAACCCAGCCCAAAAGCCUGAGCACUUCGGGUUUUGCCAGCGGCUGAGCGCAGUCGAUUCCAGCACAGCGUCCGUCCCUUCUCCUAGGCCUGCAUUCGCCCUCCACCCGGGCGGAGGGACCAACAGCUAACUUGGCAUCUUUGCGCCUUUACCAGCGCCGAAAAGCCCUCCCCCCCCCGCCUGCCGCUCCUCUCCCUCUCCCUGCGUUUUUUCUUCCUUCCUUCCUCUGUUGGUUUGUUUAAUUUUUUUUUCCGAUAGGGGCCAUUCUGCGAAUUUCUGAUUUAUUUAUUUUGGAUCUGCCGUGCGGGGGGGUUCCUCCGAUAGAUUAUUGGGGUGCUAGAUCCAUCCCCCACUGUGUCCCACACCUCCAUUGUCAGCCUCCUUCCUUCCUUCCUUCCUUCCUUUCUAUCCCUCCUGCCCCCCAGGUUUUUAAAUUCUAUAUUCCCUCCGCAAUCGAGAAUUCAACCAACCAAGCCCCUCGGCCCCCCAUUCUCCCCUCCCUGCCUCCUCCCUGUAAAAUUUCUACCUUCCCUCCUCCUUGUCCCCUCCUCCCCCUCCAUCUCACAGCCCCCACCUCCUUUUCCCUCCCCCCCUCACCCCGCAACUCUGUUGAGUCCAGAAUUUCCGAAUCGGGUGCUUAGCUUUGCCGGAAUGAGACGGAGCAAUGGAUGAAUUCCACCCUUUCAUCGAAGCUCUCCUCCCUCAUGUGCGUGCCUUCUCCUACACAUGGUUCAACCUGCAAGCUCGGAAGCGAAAGUACUUCAAGAAGCACGAGAAGCGGAUGUCCAAGGAUGAGGAGCGCGCCGUGAAGGAUGAGCUGUUGGGGGAAAAACCAGAGAUCAAGCAGAAAUGGGCAUCGAGGCUACUGGCCAAACUCCGCAAAGACAUCCGCCCCGAGUUCCGGGAGGAUUUCGUCCUGACCAUCACCGGUAAGAAAGCCCCGUGCUGCGUCCUCUCCAACCCGGACCAGAAGGGCAAAAUCCGCAGGAUUGACUGUCUGAGGCAGGCCGACAAGGUUUGGAGACUGGAUCUUGUAAUGGUCAUCUUAUUCAAAGGGAUCCCGCUCGAAAGUACUGACGGGGAGCGGUUGUACAAAUCACCACAGUGCUCCAACCCAGGCCUCUGCGUCCAGCCGCACCACAUUGGAGUCACAAUUAAAGAACUGGAUCUUUACUUGGCGUAUUUUGUUCACACUCCUGAAUCCGGACAAUCAGACAGUUCAAACCAGCAAGGAGAUGUGGACAUCAAACCACUGCCCAACGGGCAUUUGACUUUCCAGGACUGUUUUGUGACGUCGGGCGUCUGGAACGUGACAGAGCUGGUCCGAGUCUCCCAGACUCCCGUGGCCACGGCAUCAGGUCCCAACUUCUCCCUGGCAGAUCUGGAGAGCCCCAGUUACUACAACAUCAACCAGGUGACUCUGGGCCGGCGGUCCAUAACGUCACCUCCUUCCACCAGCUCCACCAAGCGCCCCAAGUCGCUGGAUGACAGCGAGAUGGAGAGUCCCGUGGACGAGGUCUUCUACCCCGGGACGGGGCGCUCGCCCGCCGCCGGCAGCAGCCAGUCCAGCGGCUGGCCCAACGAUGUGGACGCAGGACCGGCUUCCCUAAAGAAGUCAGGGAAGCUGGAUUUCUGCAGCGCCCUCUCCACCCACACCACCUCCCCAAGAAUGGCUUUCAGCCACCACCCGCUGCCGGUCCUUGCAGGAGUCAGACCAGGAAGCCCCCGGGCAACAGCCUCGGCCCUGCACUUCCCGUCGACCUCCAUCAUCCAGCAGUCCAGCCCCUACUUCACCCACCCGACCAUCCGCUACCACCACCACCACGGCCAGGACUCGCUCAAGGAGUUCGUGCAGUUCGUCUGCUCCGAUGGGUCGGGCCAGGGCACCGGGCAGCCUAACGCUAGCGGCCAGGGCAAAGUCACGGGCUCAUUUUUGCUGCCGCCGCCCCCACCUGUGGCCAGACCUGUGCCCCUUCCAAUGCCUGACACAAAAUCCACCAGCACUAACCCAGAGGGCGGAGCGCCGACACCUACAUCACCCUCAUUCGCAGCGCCAGGCUCCUCCGCUGCCAACCGGUUUGUCGGCAUCGGACCCCGGGACGGCAACUUUCUAAACAUCCCCCAGCAGUCUCAGUCUUGGUUCCUCUGAUGGGAUCUUCAAGAAAGAGACGAGAAAUCUCUCCCUAAAGCCCCCCCAUGGAAGCGUCCGUCCUUCGCCCUGGAUCUUCACUGAGCUGCUCCUGUCGAGACCAGGGGGGGGUGCCCAGCUCACACUACCGAUGAGAAAAGUCCAAUCCCCUCCUCCCAGCCCCGAUCCAGAGCCAACUGGAAUCGACGUGGACGAGGUUGGUCCUCUCCGAUGCGGAAUCCCCGCGCCACCCUUGGGAAGUAACGUCACAAACAGCAAAGCCCAGCGGCCCUGCAGCGAUCGCCACAGGUCGGCUGCUCCGGAACAGCGCCUCUCCCCUGUUCUGGGGCAGCCCCGGACGCGCCCGGUUUGAAAUCUCCCGAAAACCACCCAGAGUGCUUAUGUUUGCCAGGAGAGAGGGGGAAGUGCUGGGAUCUUCCAGAGCUGCAAGUGACUUAGGAUGGCAGGUCGGGGCAAUGUCCAACAGCCCAGGGCACGGUCUGACCUCAUAGGGCAUCCAGACUGCAGCCAUGCCGUGUGAUUGCACCUCGCAUAGGCCGACCCGAGCUAGCAAUCAGGUGCCGGGAAGCCGCAGCAGCGUGGGUGAGCCCCGGGUAAUUACCCAGCCGCGGCAUCCUGCUCUGGCACCCGCAAUAGCUCGGCUGAAGCCGGGUGUGUCUGCAUGAGGUGCAGCCCCGCCGGGACCUCCCUGCCGGCACUGGUUCGGCUCCUGGGGUGAACAGAGCACAAACGGAACUGACUGGCCUGUCCCACAAACAUAUAUAAGAGUUCAAAAUUUUUUCCUGUCUCAAAUUGGGCUGAAAAAUGGAAAUCUCAAAAAUAUUCGCCAGCCGGAAACCUGACGAGUUUUUUGUUGGGCGUCAGUUGAAAUAUUUUGUUUUUUCCAUUUGGGCCUUUUUUUGUGGGGUUUUAACUGUAUUUUUUUCGGUCAAAUAAGCUUAAAGUCUGGUCGAACCAGAAAACUAGAUGUUUGUUCCCGAUCAGGAGACGCAGCCGACCUGCCCGUUCUGGGAACGGUUCCAUUUUGGCAAAGCUGCGAUUUCCAAGGAAAAAAUGAUUUGUCAGAGACUCCCGGCCAGCGCUGGGCGAUGGGAAAUCGGUGCCUUUUUCACGUCAGUGAUCUUAACCGGCCCUGUCACUGUUUCACUUGCCUCGUCUGCAUGAGAAAGCAACACUGGCUUAACUUCACCUGCUUUAAAGCCACAACUCAAGGGGUGAAUUUAAACCGGUUUAAAGGGCCUACUGUGAACCGGGCCGAUAGAAGUGGUUUGACAUUGAUGUAAGUGUUUCCACACAGGUUCCAUCAAACCGGUUUAACUAAAGUCAGGCCAGUUUUGCAGGGAACAAACUUUGCGCAUCCAAGUCACGUUGGCGCUCUGGAAAUCAUCCCUCUGUGCCCAGCAAUGAGCCACCUUCCCGGUUCAAUUCGGUACGCUCGGGCCGGGGAUAGGCUGCUGACCAAGGAGCCCCAAGGGUGGGUCCCGUCCGUCUUCAUCCUGGGGCAGCCAGAUUCUCCAGGGUGCCUGGGAAGAUCCAGCCCUGGCAGGGUGUUUGCUGGGAGCCUUGAAGAAACGCAGCCAGGAAGGCUACAAAACUUCCAAGCUUCCUCGUGGCUGCCCUGCCCCUACCUCGGCUGGCUCCGGCUGGCCCUCGGGCUGCGUCCACAGCGCUCCCCCCGCCGCAGGGCAGCUCGGGACCUUAGCCCAGCACAGCCUGCAGGGACCGGCUCUCGGAGCUGAGCGGUGCCGCUGAGGAUGCUGGGAGUUUACCCAGGAUGCUCGGUGGCCGAGGGACUGAGGUUGGCUCCCAGCACAUAAGCUUCUUUCCCCCCAAACAUAAGCACCGGAGAUUGUCCCCCCUCGUUCCCGCCGUACGGGGCGUCGUGAGGAAGGCUAAGCAGAGAUGCUCCCGGCUUGCCCGGCUGCAGGGGCAGAGGGGGGCCGCACGCGCUCCCUUCCCAGCCCCCCCGUCAGCCUCUCGCUCGAGAGCCCCCCCAGGCUGAUGAAAUGGGAUUCUGCCUGGGGGGGAACAGUUAGAUUAUGUUAGAGAAGAGGGCAUCUAGUCUCCUUCCCAGCUCUCCCAGUGGCUCCCAGCAUGGCCCCGCCUUUCCCCCCCACAAUGGGGCUCUCUCCAGCCCUGCAAGUGCAGCGUUGGGGGGGGUCCCUUUGCUAACACCCCCCCCCCCAAGGAAAUCAGCUUCACCUGAGGAUGCCCACCAGUGCUGCCAAUCCCCGGGCGUGGCUGCCCCCCUCCCUUUCCGAAUGCCCCCCCCCCGGCGAAAGUGCUGGGGGUGCCGCGGCAGCUGGCUUGGGCCGGGGCGGGGGCAUCUGUGAGGUUUGACUAGGUCGCGUCUAAGCUAGCUCAGCUGAUGGCUAUUUUCUUUCCCCGUCUCCCCACCGCGAUCUGUUCUCGCUUCCUUCCUUCGGAUUUGCUGCUUGGUGGUUGGUUUUUUUGUUUUAAAUAGUUGGAUCCUUUCUCUUUUCUCCUCCUUCCUUUCUUCCUUCGUCGUAGCUUGGUGGUUAUUUUAGGGUUUGGGGCUUUCUGUACAUACAGGCGAUCAAACGAACUAGGGCCAGAGUAACAAACGCGCCACGCCCCAGCCAGCACUCACUCGAGACGCGCACUCAGAGCCGUCGGGAAAGCUCUGGCCGGAGUCCGUAGGUCUCACGCCAGAGAGAUGCGGGUACGUUUUGGUGCGGCUUUGCUGCAGGGCCAUGGGAAAGGUUCAGUUUUCCUGCUGGUCCAGAGCACACAGAGUCCUUGCAGUCACCCAGCCCGCCACACGCACUGUCUGUUUCGCUUCUGAAAAUCCAUUUGAAAACUCUCUCUCUCCAUCUCGUACCCACCUUUGAAUCAUCGACAUGGUCGUCUUUAUCUUUAUAUUUUUUAGAGACACAGGGACCCACCUCUCCACCCCGUUAUAGGGCCCAGGGCCUGCGAUGCUGAAAUGCAGCCACCUCUGGGGUGGUGCAGGCCGGCUGUUGGUAACAGCAGCGCUGUAGGGUAGUUUUAGGACCGGAAGUGGGGAUGGGGGAAUCCUGUAGCUGGAUGAAACCCCCAGGAAGGGGGUGGGAGUUAGGGAGGUCAGAUUGGGGUCACCUGAGCUGGAGUUUGGCCCGGAUGCCUGGGUUCAGAUCUUGAGUCUUGCAACAACAAAAAAGCCCUAGCAGUAGUAAAAGUCCCAGCAGAGUCCCUCGGGGAUUGGGGGCUACAGGGCUGUACAUGCCCCCUCCCCGCCCCCCACUUGGGCCCUGUCCUGGGACCCCCUGUCUCCCUCCCGAGAGAAAAUCACAGAUCCCAUCUCUUGUGCCUUGGGAAAUGAGGGAGCCCUUGUGGGCCCAACUAAUCAGGGGCUGGCGCCUCCUCCCGCAGCACAAAUGCUCCCCCCAGCAGAAGGGUUUUUUCAGGGGGGAGGGCUGGGAAUCUGCACUCUGGAAAAUGCCGAGUUUCCGGUUCUGUUGGAGAAGCAGGGUCCACGUGGGAAACCAGACAGCUUCAGGCUGAAGCCUCCUGCACAAUUCCCUGCCUGCCCCGGCCCCAGCUCUGGGGGCAUCAGUGGGGUGCAGGGCCCCACCCCCUCCAUCUCGUUCCCCAGCAAAGCCCCUCAGCCCAUGGAGGGGCUAAAACCCCACCGGGUCCCCCCCUGCCCCCGGCGCGCAGCUGCAGGACAGUUGGGCAGCGCCGGUUUGUCUGGGGGCGACUCCGUCUGCUAGAUGAGGAGUGACAGGCCCUAUGAGCGCUCGAGCUCCAAGGACGGACACAGCCCACCGGGACUAGCUGGUGCCCGGGGCGAACGCUGCAGUGCUCUGAAGGCCGAGUGCCCCCCCAGGGCGUGUGCACAGAGCAGGCCCUGCCGUGCUCUGCAAGCUGUGCCCCCCCCGACCCCCCCCAGUGAGUGCACGUCACUGGCUUGGACACAAGCUCCCUGGGGCCUGCCUGUCGUAGCCCGAUCUCCACUGCCCUGGUGCUAAUCUGGAGUCACUCCAGAUGGGUCAUUCUGGAUUUACACCUGGGCAGCUGAGAGCAGAAUCCAGUCCCUGGCCCCAGUCCAUAGCCCUUGUUCUCAAGCAGAGCCCAAGCGCUGGGCUUGGACAGGCUGACUCCAGCCGAAGCCCCGGGGGGGCCUAAGCCAGGGGCCAAACCAUUAGCGGGCGUAAAGCCUGUGGGGUCAGUGGAGCCAGUUGAGUGACACCCAUAGACACCACUGGGACCUGACCCACUUUUUCUUUGCACACUGGGCCCCCUCCUGCAUUUCAGCGCCACCCGAUGCUGUCGCCCCAGCACCUAAGGGCGGCCUUACGCUUUCCCUUUGAGCCAAGAACUGCUCUGGGAUGGGUCAGGAAGCUCGCUGGGAAACCCCACAGGAACCCUCCCUGGCCUUCCCGGAGAGACACUGAACGUUCCCUUAAGUGCCACACUUAAAACCACUCCGGUGUGUUACCGUACCGCUGCCCGGCUCCCGGGGGGCUCUGCUGGGGGAGCAGUAAUUCCUAGCACUGGGUAUUUUUUGCAAAUAUUAAUCAAAGUUACCGCAAGCUAUGUCCCCGGUAGCCGCUCAGAGCAGCCCUGUGGCAUUCGGCAACGUUCUCCCAGGUGGGCCAGACAAAGGCAGGGUCCGGCUUGUUCUCAGAGGCCAAACGUUUGUUGGGAACAAGAAUUCAGGGUGUCUCAGCUCCAGCCUUGGAACCGUUCAGCUGCCUCCAGCCACACGUGUCCGUAAGAUCAGGGCUUUUGAGUCCGGGCCCACCACCCUUUUCGCAUUUAAAAACCCUGGCGGUUCGUAUCCGUCUGUUUCCAGCCAAGGCCCCGAUUCAGUGCUGCACUAAAGCACAUGCUUCACGCUCAUGGAGUGCGUCUACCCUGCAGAAACACCCCGUAGGAGCCAGGCUGGAGCCCGGCUGUCUGCCCUGCUGUUCCUAGCUUGGUGGCAUGAGCCCGAGGGGGAUGAGCCGGGCUCCGAGACUAGCUGCUGUGGGGGGUUUUCCCAGUAUAGCCGUAGUCCCAUCUCGGCACCGGCAUCUCUGACAGAGGAACUAACCAGGGGGUUAGCGGGACCCUUUCAGGAGCCAGAGGUGAGCAAGGCUGGCUGCAGCAAAGUGAGACUCACUCGAGAAUGUGUUUAAAAAAUGGAAAAAAAAAAAACUUUUAAAAAAAGCUACAAAUAUAUAUAUAGGGGGCUAAAACUGAACAAAUGUUGUUUUCUUUGAGCCAGUGCAAUGACUUGCAUAGUUUUAAUAUCUUUGUAUGUUAAAGAUUGUUAAGCAGAAGAAAAAAAAUCUAUUUUUCUUGAGAUGUCCUGUUCCCGGGGACUCUAAAUACACAGGGGAGAGAAAACCCAACCUUUGUAAGUAUGGGAAAUUCUUCUUCUUCUUCUUCUUCUUCUUCUUCUUCCUGUUUAUUUUUUCAUUCAUUUAUUAAUUUUUAUUUUUAUUUUUGCCUUUUUCUCGUUUCUCUUUUUUGGGGGGGGGUGGGGGGAGGCUGAAGGGAAGGUUUUUUCAAGCAAAACAGAAAAGACAUAUCUAUCUCGGUUCCAAAACCGCGGAGAGAAAAAUGUAAAAAAAACCCCUAAAGUGAAGACACAAGGACGGCGAGAAAAGAAAAAUGAUGAAAAAAACUCAUAAAAAAGAGAAAAUUAACAAAAAAAAUGAUAUAUAAAACCACAAAUCCUGGUGCUUUUUACAAUAUAAAGGACAUUAAAAACCCUCUAUUAUACAUAGUUUAUGAACCAAUUAAUUGUUAUCAUAAAGCACAUUUUAGGAAACAUACAUUAUCCUUUCUUUAUGUUUAACUGAAAGGGGCAGGACGGACUGCGGUUAUCAGAGGCACCCGGCUUUUGCUGAUCUUACUGGGGGGGGCAAGCGAGAGAAGUGGGGGGGGGCCUGCCUUGGCCAAGGGGUCCCCCCCCAGCUGGGUGUCACACACACACACACACCCCCGCCAGGUGUCACACCUCCCAUGUUGAUGGGUUGAACCCCUUUGUGCUGAUUCCCCCUCCCCUCCGCCUUGGUCCCUGGAGAAACUUUAGUUGGAAUCAGGCCCGGCUCCCCCUUGCCCCCCCCUCUGCCCCCCACCCCCCAGGGAGGAUUUUUCUUUGGAGCCAAAAGCCAACUUUGAUCUCACCAGCAUUUUGUCUUGGAGCCUUUUUCAGAAAGUUGGUUGCGUUCCCCCCUUUUUCUGUUCUCCAGGGCGGGGUGGAGGGGAUCCCCUCCCUUUUCCCCUGAUGGACGGGGGGGGGAGACACCUGGGAUUGGAGCGGAGCCCCAUUCCCAUCUCCCCCAGUGACAGAGAAGUGCCACUGGAGGAAGGACCCUUUGGUUCAGGAAGGGCCAAGCCCUGCCCACGCCUUACCCGCCCGCACUGCCUGGCAGCCGACGUGCCUUCACCCCCUUGCUGGCCCGGACGGACGGGGGGGGGCUGAGCUGCUCAGCCGACCCCCCAGCCGUGCCCCCCAGUGCCACACGGCCACGCAAAGCAAUAAAGACCCCAGUUUCCACCAACAAAGACAAAAGAUGCUAAUCGCCUGUGGGGGUGCGACACAAGGGGGUCCAAACUGGAUCCUGUGCCCCCACCAUGGAAUCGUGGGGCCCAAUCUGGAUCCUGCCCGAAAUCCCAGGGCCCAAUCUGGAUCCUGCCCCACCCAAAAUGCCAGGGCCCAAUCUGGAUCCCAUGCCCCCCAAAUUGCGGGUCCUGUCCCCUCUCACCCUAAGAGCUGGGAGGGCCCAAUCCAGAUCCUGGCCCCCUCCCCGCACCCCAAAACUGCCAGGGAAAGAAGCCGAGGUGGACAUUUUCCAAAGUGGCUUCUGAUCUUUGGUUUGGUCUCCAUCUUCUCCCCCUCCCCAUCCCCCACUCUCCCCCUUUGGAAACCAGGCUCAACCUGGGCCCCUGGAUGGGGGCAACACCUGCCCCCCUCCCCCGCAAAAAAAUCAGAGCGCCCCACUCCGAAACAGGCCGCUGAGUGCAUGCUCCCCCUUUGCUAGGCCGGGGUCAGCCCUUUCCACCAUCCCCCCCCCCCUCCAUGCUACUCCCAAGGGGUUCACCCACCGCAGCCCCCACCCCCACUGCCUCUCGCUCUAGGGCCCCCCCCCCCGUUAGGCUGCAUCGCAAUGAGCCAGCUGCUCCCGCCCGUCCGUCUCUGCCCCUUCCAACAAGUUUCUUCGUAGGGUAAGAAACGCAGUAUAUCUGAGUACAGUACAGUAUAUAUAUAUAGUACUAAUGGCCUUGAGUGUGCUUCUGUCUCGCGCCCUCCGUGCCCCCCCCCCCGCCGUCCCCCCCCAGCUCGCGCGAACGCGCCUUCCUUCCUUCCGCCGCCUUUGCGAAUAAAGCGUAGUUCUUCGUCUGGUUGCGUCCCUGCGCCGGUCCCCGCCAGUCUUAGCAGGCGCAGGUUAGCCAGCCGCGCCGAUCACGUCAGCAUCGCUUCCCCCACGGGAAAAAAAAAAAAAAAAAAAAAUCGACAAAAACAAAAGACAAAAAAAAGGAUAAAUAAUAAAAUGCAAAAACCCUGUUAUACCCGGCAA